GUUGUAAUUUUAUUCUUAGUAAUUUGUGCUAUUUGCCAACAAUAUCGAGUUUAUUGAAUAUGUGCUCUUGUUUGGUUCACUCUCGGUUAUAAAGAAUUUAAUAUCUGGGCUCCAUGUAUAUGUUAUGCGGCAAGUUCCUUUCAAAACCAAUGACAUUAGAUGAACUCGAUGUGCGUUUUGGCCAUUUUACUUGGCUUGCGUUGGUGAUUCGUACAUAGUCACGUGACCACAGUGGUUUUUGGAUCAAUGGCGCCAAAUGACUUUUACAGAAAAUGUAUUGGGAACGCAAACUGAAAUGCCAUCAUGUAGUGAAUGAUGUGACAUUCUACACGAUGCUGCUACCACGUUCUAAGUGCAAAGCUGUAGUAGGAUCGUGAACAUGUAGGUUGUGGACAUUAGUGCGAGAGAUGUCGAUGAGAGGCACAAAAAGGGCGACAGUGACGCGCGGCGAAGAGCCCAGCACGUCUAAGCGCCGCAGGAUGGAACCAGAGGAUCCUCUCUGGCAGCUACGUCCUGUCAGUGACCUCAAGAUGUCAUCAAUAUAUAAUAGAAGUGCCUCGGAGGCACCUGCAGAAUUAUUCAGAAAAGACCUAAUCAGCGCGAUGAAGUUGCCUGACAAUGAGCCGUUGACGCCGAGCGAGUACUGGAUCAUCACUGAUACUUGGAAACAAGACUGGGAGAGAGGCGUGCAGGUCCCCGUCAACCCUGACUCUCUACCGGCACCAAAAGUCAAGAUCAUUGAGAAUCCACGUUCUCCAAACUUCCAAGAAUUUCAUUUGCCUAAAGACAAAUACAUACAUUUAACACGGGAUGUGAACUACCAAUCCGAUAAACACAUUUUGAGCACAACGCCGGCUCGCGCAGAGGCAGCCUGCAGCUAUGAUUUAGACGCCACCGACAUAGCUUGGCUGAAGCUGCUCAAUUCCGAACGAGCCAGAGCUGGAGCCGCCCCCAUCAACGAAGACCAGCUCGAGAAAGUAAUUGAAGAGUUAGAGAUUCGAACAUGGGACAAAAUUCAAGCUAUAAUGAAGUCUGAAGAGGGCCUCGGUAUCGAGUACGACGAGAAUGUAAUUUGUGACGUGUGCCGAUCGCCGGACUCUGAAGAUGGAAAUGAAAUGGUGUUCUGCGACUCUUGUAAUAUUUGCGUUCACCAGGCUUGUUAUGGCAUAACUGUUAUCCCCGACGGUCAGUGGCUGUGUCGACCGUGCGGCGACGGUGUAAGACCUGUCUGUGUUCUGUGCCCUAACCUCGGUGGUGCCAUGAAAUGUACUCCACUCGGGCGGAAGUGGGCACACGUCAGCUGCGUCUUAUGGAUUCCAGAGGUGUCUAUCGGUUGUGCUGAAAAAAUGGAACCUAUUACAAAAAUAUCUGCUAUACCCGCGUCCCGAUGGUCGCUCGUAUGUGUUCUUUGCCGCGAACGUAAAGGGGCUUGUAUUCAAUGUUCUGUUAAAACUUGCAAAACAGCUUAUCAUGUUACUUGUGCGUUUAAACAUGGUUUAGAAAUGCGUGCGAUAAUUGAGGAUGAAAAUGCCGACGACGGCGUAAAGUUACGAUCUUAUUGUCAGAGGCAUAGUGUUAAUUCGAAAAAAGAAAAAUGUCCAGGUUCAGGUUCAGAAGAGGAGGAGGUUAAAAGGAAACGCCGUAAAGAUAUGACUUCAGAGGAAAAAACUCAAGCUCGUGCCGCGCGAUUGCAGGAGAUAGAGCGGGAGUUUGACAAACACGUGAACGUAAAAGAUAUCAGUACGCAUUUAUUAGAUGUUGAUCAGGAUGCUAUUCAUUAUAUUUACAACUACUGGAAAUUAAAAAGGCGGGCGGGUCACAACCGUCCCCUUUUGCCACCUAAAUCUGAUGAUAGUGAGCUCCUUACUCAUAGACAGGAACAAGCCGACCUCGAUAAAAUGAAAAUGUUUGUCCAGCUCAGGCAAGAUCUUGAAAGGGUUCGUAAUUUAUGUUACAUGGUUAGUAGGCGAGAAAAAUUGUCUCGAUCGUUUUUUCGUAUGAGAGAACAAACAUUUCAUAAACAAAUCUCACUUUUAUCUUCUGGAACUGCUAUUCCAGACCAUGAAUUGACAGCUAUAAUAGAAGCAAAUCACGGUCCUUCAAUAUAUGAUCGACUUUAUUCUCAUCCCAAUGCCCCUGAUCAUAAAAAUGACUUUGACGAAUUAAUGGCGCGAAUAGCUCCGCCUGAGUCGGGUGACGAGAAAAAAAAAGAUCGCAAUGGAUUAGUUCGAAGUUCGAGAGCGGCAAAUCCCUACAAGAAACACUAUGUUAAUGGAUCGCGUCGAAGUGGUAGUAUGUACAGUGGUCUCUCUAGUGAAGAAAGUGCACCAGAAACGAAUAGAAGACAUCGCGGCAGGACUGGUUCAAGUACUGAUGAGGACGAAAAAAAACCUACUACUUCGCCAAAAAAAAAGAUCUCUGCAAAAUCGAAGAGUAAGAGAUCUCCAAAAAAGCCUGAGAGAAAGAAGAAAAAAGUACCACAAUCUAAAGCUUUUGUUGAAAGCAGCAGUGAGGAUGAAACUAUAGUAAAAACAAGUAAAAUAAAAAAGGACAGAACUCGUAGUAAGACCCUACAACAAAUGGAAAAGGAAAUGACUGCAGGAAAGGUGGGACAGUCUGGUACUGACAGUGAAGAUUUGAUGCCAAUGAGAACUACAAGAAACAAUAAGUUUCCUUUAGAUAUCUAUUCCGAUAGUAGCGAGGAUUUGGCACGUAACAAAUCAGAUUUCAAAGUUGCAGACAAAGUAAAGCUUGAAAAGUCUAGAAACGAUAAAAUAAAGACUGAGAAAUCUCCCAUUGUCAAUGAUUCACAACAAUCACUUCCUCGAACUAAAGCAGCUAUGAAGGAGUUUGUUCCUUCACAGUCUGAAAAAAAACUUAAUGCAAUUGAAGAUGAAAAACCUGCCCCUAAAAAACGAGGCAGAAAACCAUCAAAUAAAAACGAGAAGGAUAAAAAAAACAUCCCUAAACUUGAAGUGGAUAGUCAAGUAAAAAAUAGAUUAAGUGUUAAGUAUCUAAAGAAAAAGCACAAUCCAACUGAUUUGAUAGUUCCCCAAAGACAAGCAGCAAAAAAAGCUUCAGAAAAUAUGCGUUCAACUGCUGCCGUUAAAAAAGAAGAACUACCACCGGAAAAACUUACCGAAGACUCAAAAAGCAAAAUUAAGUUUAAAGACAAAGCAAAAGAUAAAGAGAUUAAAGAAGUCCCAGGUAAAAUCAAUAGAAAGAAAUCUAAGGAUGCCGAGAAAGAAACAAUAGCAUAUGUUCCUCAAAGACAAGCAGCAAAGAAAGCUGCAGCACAUAUCAAAGGAGGACUUGGUAACAAGCAACCACUUCUUGAAUCAGAUAAUGAUAAAAAGAAAGAUUUUGCACGACCUGAAACAUCCAAAAUAUCACCCAAGAAAGAGGAAAUAAAAGUUAUUAGAGUGCCACUAAAACAAAGUUCUAGUUCUUCUUCAAACUCUAGUAGCAGCAGUUGUUCAUCGUCUUCGAGCUCGGAAGAAGAACAAGAGAAACAUGAAAUUAAACCAAUCUCCAAAGCGCCAGAAAUAAAACCUGCUAUUAGAAAACCUUCUAUGUUUUCACCUCAACCAACUACUAGACCGACAGUGGACUUGCCCUUUCUUGACAAGGUGUCCAAGCCGUUGUCUUCAACGAGUGCUUCGAGUGAUACCGACAGUUCAAGGGACUACAACAGAUCAGGAUCUGAAAGUCCCACUCCAAGAAGACCAAGACGAAGAAGGAAGGGGAAAAGUAUUUCAACUGAUGCGUCCCCACGCAAGACCCUUGACAAGAAGCUUAAAACUUCCGAACGGGGGUUCGAGUGUAGGGUACCAUCACCGUCUGUUGAAAGAGCGGAAUCAAUCCGAACCAACAACGCGCGUGCUGCCUCACGUGCUCGGACCAGAAGCAUUACUGCAAGCGGAAAUUUGUUUGAUAAGCCUGAUGCCGGAUCUAGAAAACCAUCCAAAGACGACCCAGAACCUACCCUUGGACCAGAUAAAUCUACGAAAGAGAGCAACCAGUCCUGUGAACUUCCGGCUUCGGAGUGGAAAGCGAACGAGGAAAUAAAGCAAGAGAUAAAAGUAGAAGUAACAAAUUGUGAUGAACCAGUCAAAAGCGAAGUUACAAUAAAGCCUUUGACAAAAAUGCAACCUACCUUAAGUGAAGAAAAAGUUGAACCACCUGAACCACAGCAAAUGAAUGAGGCUAGUCCUAAAAAGAAUGCUGAUUUAAAACAGAAAUCUUUGACAAGUAGGCGUAUGAGUGUAAAAGAACCAGUAACUGUUAAAGAGAUUAAACUGCUGCCAGAAGAAAUACGUCAUCCCGUAACUAAAGAACGUAGAAUGAGUAAACAUGAAGUUAAUGCCGUAGGAGAGCGUAGUCAUUUGUCACCGAUAAAAAAGCCUGUUUCUAUUGAGAAGGUAGUUCAAAUGUUGCCUGAAAAGAAAAGCCCAAUUCCAAUCAACGAUGCAUACACCGAUAAUGAUAAAGAUUGGUUACCAAAAGCACCCAGUCCAGUUGCGCUUCCAACGCCGGUUGAAAAACCCGGAGGACACGAAAAAUAUAUGACCGAAGACAAGUCGCUAGACUCUGACUCUGCAGACAAAAGCAGUGUUAAAAUGAUUGCCAAAAUCCAAGCGAAUUUAAAUGAAAACACUAUGAUAAAAUCUCCAAAAACUCCUAUGGAUGCUAGGACAGCUACAUUGGAUUCAUUAGAUGUUGAUCAUGCUAUGAUAAGAAACAUUAGAAAGCGUUCCAUAUUAGAUCCGGAAAGAAAAUUUAUAGCUCAAGAUGCUAGUCACGUCCAAGGAGUUGAGAUAUCGAAAAGUGCGAAGAUUCCAUCGGCCGUAAAUCCUAAUAGGUCAAUGUUUUCGCCGCAACCAAAAGAAAAUGACUUUGAUUAUGAAAUGGUGGCAAUUGAUGAUGGCUUUAAUCACGAUGAUAUUAUGAAAAGAUUCGGUACCUACCCCGAAUUUUUAUUUAAAGAAGAUACAAAAGAACAAGGUGUACAGGAGACCCUUAAUCUAGUUGACAGACUGAGAAUGCAACUCAUAUCGAAGAAAAACACUGUCGAGGUUUCUGCACAAGGAGAACCGUUCAUAGAAGCAAAAGAUGAAAAGCCCGAAGACUUAAAAACUAUUAAAAGAGAUUACGAUCAAGAACCGGUACAAGAGAAAGAAGAAGCAUUAGAUUUGCAUAACGCUAGAGAUCUUACAAAAGAAGCUUGUCACCCUGUGAAUCAUAAACCGCAUCCUAUACCACACACCGACUUGGCUAGGGAUAACAGGGAACACAAGUAUGACACAAAAGAUUACGAUCGUCCUAUAGCAAUGACUAGCGGUGAUAAAUGGUCAGCCGGUCCCGUUGCUAUGACGAUACCGCACGAUCGUGAUCCCGAUCAUGGUCAUGAUCGUGAAUUACAUGUUGUUCGAGGUAAUGACCAAAAAUAUGAUCAUAUACCUUAUAACGAUGAAAUGAAAGAACCUCCGACGGUUCAAUCGGACAUACAAUCCCUGUCCGAAACUGGUGACACAAUAUCUGUGUGUAAACAUAGUGAUGAUUCCCAGUCGAUUUCUGUUGUGGACCACUCUGUUAACAGCAACGAUAAUGACCUAACCCAGGACAAUCAAAAUUAUGAUAAUAAUAAUUCUUUGAUACAUUCUGAUUGCGCUACAAUCUCAUCGCCGUAUGUAAGUCAGGAUAAGUGGAGAGAAAGCAAGAUUACCACCAGGCGAUCUUCUGCUUCGAGCACUAAUUCGGACGCAUCCAUUUGCUCUCAAAAAGCUGCUUUAAAAUCACAUUUGAGUGCAUGUGAAAUAUCUGCUCGUCAAGUUACUAUAAUGCCUGAAAUUGAUUCAUAUCCGCCGGUCCCAGCCUAUUCAUGUACCGUGGAACCAUCAAUGCCCUUAAAUCAGUAUUCUGCUUACCCUCCGAAUGCUUCACCUUAUUUAGGUACAUUAUCGUUACCAUUAUUUGGGAAUCCAGCCUCGCAGCUACCAUUGCCUUCGCCCGGACCUCUUUAUAGUGGAUUGCCAUAUUCAACCACUCCUUUAAUGCCUCCAAAACCUUCGUUUACAAUGUGUGCAGCGUUUACAUCCUCUUCUCAAAAUAUGGCUCUUACCACAGCAAUGAUAGCUUCACCUACACCAAAAGGUUCCGAAUCACCACGUGAUGAAAUCGAUGUUACGGGUAGUGACAAAUUUACCAUACAUGUAGCGAGUAGUCCAAGUAUCAGCGUUGAUUCUUACGAAGCUAGCAAUAAGGCUCCACCUACUAAAAUGUCUAAUGAUAGUCAUGACAGUAUUGUAAGUAUAAAUCAUGAAUCAAAAUCUCCAUCAAAAACGAAACCAGUUACGAAGUUUCCUGGGAAGUCACCAGGGAAAAGUCCUGGAUUUUCACCUAAACAAAGUGAUACGUCAAAGGGAACUAAAAGAUCGACUAACAGAAGUAAUAGGAACCAACGUGGUCGAGGACGUUCUAAGAGUAGAGGUCAUGCCUACCCCCCUGUUGAUUAUUCAGGAAACUCAAUUCAAAGUAAAUUAGUAGGAACAGUAUAUGACUUUCAUGAAGAAAUUGCCAAUGAUAGUGUUGAUCUAAAAGCUUUACGAGAAAGACGAAAAUCAGUAGAUUUAUGUAAAUCCGUUGAUGAUAGGAAACCUGAUCUAUCUUAUAAGGACGUGUCUCGGUCGCCUACCGCUGUAUCUUCUUCGCCUACUACAAAAAUGCCUAAUAUUAACGAUACAAAAGAAAUAAAACCUCCAACUUCUGAGCCUGACGAAAAACCUACUUCUCCUUCUGAGAACGAUGCUUCUGAAGAUGGUCCUGGCUUUUCACGCGUUCAUGCGGUAUUGCCAGGUCCAGUUGACAUGAGAACGUACCAGUCCGUCGAGAAACCAGUUCCUGCUGCUGCAGACCAAUGUCAUUUGCUAGCUUUUGCGAGCGGCACAGCGGAUCAGCAUUUGCCUGAAAUAGACGAAGAAGUGGAAAAAGAACUGCACUCAGCGUUAAUGGCGAGCAAGCCUGGGGAACAUUCACCGCCGCAACCUAAUAUCGCGCUUGAACACAAUGUCGUACCCAAACAAAUUUAUACUCCUCAGCAUCCGAAAGUUUCGCUUUCAGAUUCGCGAAACCAAUUGAAAGUAAAAAUAAAAGGACCAUUUUUGGAUGCUAAUUACGCAACAAGUCACAGUCAGCCCCAGGUUGCUCCCCCCACACCGGCGCCCGUACUCGAUACCAGCACAAAUGUUGUGAACACGAUUGGAAUAUCGGCUUCCACUAUGAUGACUGGUUCGACGAAUUUGAGACGUAUGAGAAAGAAGGAACUAUUGCGUCAAUAUUGGACGCAAGACAUGAAUAUGGACGAUCCGGCUGCUACAUCUGCGAUGACGUUACCACCGCCUGCCGUUCCAUCGCCCCUCACGAGGGCUGUAAUCACAAUACCUAAAGCUGUUGCGUCGAUGACCAGUAUACCGACGCGAGAAGACUAUAAAAUUGCGGAAACACCCGCGGAAAAGAAAAAGCGAAAGGUCUCAAGUGGCCUUUCUCGCGAAUUACGUCAUUUGGAGGUGAGCAUGAACGAUGACGUUGAUCCGUCAGACGAUAUUAAGUUGUCUUCUAUGGCUAGUUCCUCCAAUCAAGCGCACAAGAGAAGAGGACGUGCUACGACUAAGCCAAAUAAAACUACAGCCUCACAGAUCGCUCCGAAACUUAAAAUCAAAAUCGGUGCCAACAUAGUGCAACAAGUUAACGACGAAACAACCGGCGACCAGUUUCGCCCUCCGAAAAAACGGUCGAUACACAAAACUUGCUUAGAAGACAUUCGACGGGAGAACAUGAAGUUCCGUCGAAAGGUCAUGGCCGAUUUCGAAGAAACGGAAAAGGCCAAGAAAUACAAGCCGAGCAAAAGUGAGAAACGUAAAAAGAAAAAGGACAAAAAAUCGGAAAAACUUCAAGUGGUGAACAGUGAAAGUGAAAGUGCUACUAAAUUAAUAAUAAAGAUAAAGCGUAAAAAGGAUGAGAUUUCUAACGUGAACGCUUUGACCUUGGCGGGACCGAGCGGCGCCGUGUCGGUGGCGCCCGAACCGGGGCUCGAUCCGUUCGGCUACGACCCGACCGCGCCAGACCCGCUCGCCAUCGACACGCCCUCGUACAUAGAGGCGAGCGCCGCCAUGCGCAAAGUCCGCACCGCUAAGGUAACACCGAUUCGAUUAAAAUUAGCGCGCAGCUCACAGGGCUCGGGCUACGUGAUGAAGGAGGCUGUAGAGCCAUCCGCCAAUGAGCCCAUGCCCGUUUCUAUCAAUAAACACUGUGAAGUGAGGUGAUAUAGAAAGCGCCGCCGCCGCCGCAGGUAUUAAGUGGACUGCCUUUCGUGCCGAUACCGGCGAACGUAAAAUCUCGUGUACAGUUAAAAAAUAUUAACGUAUAGUGUCUGUAUAUUUUAAAAUUAAUAUUAUCUUGUAAUGAUGUAGUUUACUAUAUUAUUUAUUUGUAUAAAUCGAAAGCUCAAUGUCUAACUAAAAGUUAUUCUAAGAUUAUUAUAAUAAAUCUUGUGUGUUGUGCAUUGAGGAAUGCACAAAUAAAUAGAAAAAAAAUAAAAUAUAAUUAAUUCAUAAUAUAUAUUUUUGUUAAUGUUACUGUUUUCUUUGUGCCUCAUAUUGAAUCUCAUUAAUUUGUCUUUCGAAAACGUAUGUAUAUAUGGAUGUUAAGUAUGGAACGCUUCGCGCGUUACUUUUCGUUAUCACAAAAAAAAAACCAUGUCGACACAUCUGCGUGGUGCGUGGUAAUGAGGGCGCGGCGAGGUUGACUUCCGCUUUCAUUCGAUAUCCUAAUAAUCUAUCUAACAAAUGAUCCCUAACGGCCUACGUCAAUAAACUAUUUGGAUAUCUUAUUUUUAUACGAUGUGUUGAUUCACAUUAUUUUUAACAAAAAGGUACAAACUAAAACGCAACAUAUCAAAUAACAACGAACACAGUAUAUUGUAAAGAAAUAAAACAAAUCUUAUCAUACAUUUAUAAAAUUAGCUCAAUGUUAGAAUAAAUUUAUACAAUUCUUUUUUAUUAAUAAUUUUCAA